AUGCAGAUAUUGAGGGCCUUUGCUCUAAAACAGUCAGCUUCACAGUUCCAAGCAUGGAGUACGGCGAAAGGACGUACUAGUUCUACUAAUAGUAAUAGUGUUCUGGACUCGAAGUAUAUGAAAAAAAAUGUGGAAUACAAACCGAUCAGGAGCGUCCUGGUGGCGAACAGAGGAGAGAUCGCCAUCCGAGUGUUCAGAGCAUGCACCGAGCUGGGAAUCAGAUCGGUAGCCAUCUACAGCGAGCAGGAUAAGCUGCAGAUGCACAGGCAAAAAGCCGACGAGUCCUACCUUGUUGGUAUGGGACUGCCAGCAUUGGAGGCCUACCUCAGCAUCCCUGAUAUCAUCAGGGUGGCCAAGGAGAAUGAUAUCGAUGCCGUCCACCCCGGUUAUGGGCUGCUGUCUGAAAGAUCAGAAUUCGCUAAAGCGGUUGUCGAAGCGGGAAUGCGGUUCAUCGGACCUCAGCCGUCUGUAGUGCAGCAGAUGUGUAACAAAAUAGAAGCCAGGAAACUUGCCAUUAAUGCCAAGGUUCCAAUCAUACCUGGUACGGACGGGAUCGUCAUAACCAAGGAAGAAGCUUUGAAUUUCACUCAGCAGAUUGGACUUCCUGUUAUAUUCAAGGCUGCGUUCGGCAGCGGCGGUCGCGGUGUGAAAGUGGUUCGAGAAUUGAAUGACGUGGCGUCCGCCUUCGAGAGCGUCUCCACCGAAGCGUUGGGAUCUUUCGGCAACUCAUUCAUAUUUAUCGAGAAGUACAUCGAAAAGCCCAGGCAUAUUGAGGUACAGGUUUUAGGUGACAAGGCUGGCAAUUUGGUGCAUUUGUUCGAGCGCGACUGCUCUGUGCAGCGGCGGCAUCGGAAGAUCGUGGAGAUAGCGCCUGCACUACACGUCGAUCCUGAGAUCCGAAAGAAGAUGACGGAUUACGCGAUGGACUUGGCAAAGUCGGUGGAAUUUGAGAACGCGGGCACUGUCGAGUUCUUGCUUGACGAUAGGGGUUCAGUGUAUUUCCUGGAAGUUAAUGCUAGAUUGCAACCAGAACACACGGUUACAGAAGAAAUAACCGGCAUCGAUUUAGUACAAUCUCAAAUACGUGUGGCUGAAGGCAAGACUUUACCUGAGAUGGAACUAACUCAAGACAAGAUACAAGCAAAAGGGGUCGCCAUACAGUGCAGAGUAACCACUGAAGACCCCGCAAACAACUUCCAACCUAGCACCGGAACUAUUGAAGUGUUUAGGUCUGGCGAGGGGCAGGGUAUACGUCUGGAUGCAGCAACAUCUUUCGCCGGCGCCAUAAUUUCUCCUUACUAUGAUCCACUUCUUGUUAAGGUAAUCUCCCACGGACAAGACUUGCCAAUAUCAGCCGCUAAAAUGAACCGAGCGCUGCGUGAGUUCACUAUCCGAGGCGCCAGAACUAACAUACCUUUCUUAUUGAACUUGCUCGAGAACCAGAAGUUUAUUAAUGGUCCCGUCGACACAUUCUUUAUUGAAGAGAACCCACAGCUAUUCAUCUUCAAGAAAUCUCGGAAACGAACUCAAAAGCUCCUGCGCUUCCUCGGACAUCUCCUAAUAAAUGGUCCUGCUACCCCCCUGGCUACCAAUAUACCGCCAUCUGACGUCAAACCUUACAUUCCACCGGUAAAAUUAACUGCCCCACCACCAAAUGGCCUCAAGCAGAUUUUAAAUGAAGGCGGACCAGUCACAUUCGCGAAAGCCGUACGCCAGCACAAGGGUCUACUUAUAAUGGACACCACAUUCAGAGAUGCCCAUCAGUCGCUGUUAGCGACCAGAGUUAGAACUCGCGAGUUACUAGCCGUAUCGCCGUACGUUGCACAUAACUUUAGCAAUUUGUAUUCGCUUGAAAACUGGGGUGGAGCGACUUUUGAUGUGGCUUUGAGAUUUCUGCACGAGUGUCCGUGGGAGCGGCUGCAAGACAUGCGGUCCUUGAUCCCCAACAUCCCCUUCCAGAUGUUGCUGCGAGGAUCCAACGCUGUCGGCUACACCAACUAUCCUGACAACGUCGUCUUCAAGUUCUGUGAUAUGGCAGCCAAAAACGGCAUCGACAUCUUCAGAGUAUUCGAUACCAUGAACUAUCUCCCGAACUUGAUCCUCGGUAUGGAUGCAGCUGGCAAGGCCGGCGGCGUAGUCGAAGCCGCUAUCUCAUACAACGGUGACGUAUCAGAUCAUAACCAGAAGAAAUACGAUCUAAAGUACUAUUUGGAUGUUGCUGAUGAACUGGUGAAGGCAGGAACCCAUGUGCUCGCUAUUAAGGAUAUGGCGGGAUUAUUGAAACCUCGGGCAGCUAAGAUGCUAAUUGGCGCGAUCCGCGACCGUCACCCAGACGUCCCCAUCCACGUUCACACCCACGACACGUCGGGUGCCGGUGUGGCCGCCAUGUUGGCGUGUGCUGAGGCCGGGGCUGACGUAGUGGAUGUCGCUGCAGAUUCCAUGUCAGGCUUCACCAGCCAACCUAGUAUGGGUGCGCUCGUGACCAAGCUGCAAGGGACCAAGUUUGAUAUUAAUAUACCUUUCCAAACGGUAUCAGAAUACUCAGCGUACUGGGAACAAGCCCGCACGUUGUACGGGCCUUUCGAGGCCACGGCUAUUAAAGAGGCUGGUAAGGCCAAUUUCGACCAAAAGGAUACCACCGAAGGAGAGUACACCAGCCGGCAGUUCCAGGCCUUCUCUCUGGGCUUGGGAAGCCAGAUUGAAGAAGUUAAGAAGGCUUUCAGAUCACAAGCAUUAAAAGACUUACCGGCAAGCACGUACAGGCCUGGCAAAGAGCUGCCUCCUUUAGAUUUCGAAAAACUAAAGCAAGACAUCGUUGAAAAUCAUCCUGAGGUGACUGAUCAAGACGUGAUGUCUGCCGCUAUGUAUCCACAAGUGGCGAACGCGUUUUUCCGCUUCCGAGACAAGUACGGACCCGUCAAGCUUUUGGACACCAAGACUUUCUUUGUUGGACCUAAAGUUGGAGAAACGAUAGAAGUUAUGAUCGAUCGCGGGAAAACGUUAGAAAUCAAUACGAUCGCCGUAUCCGAAGAAAUGACCACGGCUGGAGAGAGAGAGGUGUUCUUCGAGCUGAACGGACAAUUGCGGUCUGUGUUCAUUAAGGACGAGAAGGCAACCAAGGAACUGAAAGUCCAUCCGAAAGCCGUGAAGGGUGAUAAAAACCAGGUCGGAGCGCCGAUUUCGGGAACAGUGAUCAAUAUCAAGGUGAAAGAAGGCGACAAAAUUGAGAAGGGCCAGCCAAUUGCCGUCCUCUCUGCCAUGAAAAUGGAUUUGAUCGUCCAAGCACCAGCAAAAGGGACUGUCAAGUCCGUUCCCAUCACGACUGGGCAGCAACUUAAGGAAGACGAACUCAUUUGCACCAUCGAUGACUAGACAUAAAGACCAAAUUCAAACGGCAAAUGUGAAAAAAAAUACCAUAAAAUUUUACUUUCGCUACUCCGAAAUGAUUUAGUAGAAUUUGAAGUUAUUAUGGAAUUUCAUCCAAAAGAAUGAUGAUUUGAAGAUAAUAAUUAGUGUAUCACACUUCUUAUUGCUUUCAAUACAAAUGAGCGUGCAAAAUCGAAUAGUAACGUGUACGUCAAAAUUGAUGACGUUUUAUAAUGUAAGGAUGUGGUGAAAAGUGCAACGAAUAAAAACACUAAAAAUGGAUUUAGCUAAAUUCGUUUCGAAGUACGAAUAAAUUCUGGUUUCGGUUUAUCUUCCAAAGAGAACUAUUACCGAUAUCUAGGCUGUUGGGCAGUAAAA